ACUAUUUGAGUAUUAUAUAAUGGCGGUUUACUACUUGUGCGAGUUGUGCGUGUGCAAUGUGUGCAUGUCAGUGCAUGUGCUGCAGUGCUGCAUGUGAAGCUGUGUGAAGCGAUCAAGGCAGAAGUAGAGAAUAUACUUUUUUGUUUAAAAAACGCUGCAUGACAAUUAUCUUCAAUGUCAUCAUAAAAUGUCUCAAGACAAGAUAGUUGGUGUUGAUAUUCUCUUGGAAUUUUUGGAAGUAGCGUUCAAUCAUAUAUUAUUUUUUCGCAAAAUUUAUCCUAAGGAAAUUUUUGUUAAGAAAAAGAUUUAUGGAGUUACAAUAUAUAUGUCGGAACAUCCAGAAUUGAAUGAAUAUUUGUCAAAUGUUCUGAAUGCAAUCAGGGAAUUGAUAAAAGAAGACGAAAACAGUAUUAGAGCCAUCAAUCUCACCUUCUACAACGAGAAUGGGUCGCCACUAGAAAAAUUUGUCUUUGAUAUGAUUAAACUGCAAGCAGAGCUUGUAGAGAGAGAUCCAUAUUAUUUGAAAACAGAAGAAGCAUUGAAGACAGUCUGUUUAAAAUUAUCUAUGUGUGACACAUAUUUAAAACCCAUCCCAGACAAUUCAACCUUUUCGAUUGAAAUUCAAACAUAUGAAACUGCACAUAUUGUUUUGAGUGAAAAUCCAAAAUGUGAAGAUUUUCCAUGGAUUAUUAAAGAUGAUGCAGUAGAGAUGAUAGAUAAGAAUUUGUUACCAUUGAAAGAUAUUAAAACAGAUUGUUUAAACUUGCAACUAUACGUGAUUGAGGAUACAGCAAAUAAAAACUAAGGUUUAAAUAACAAUUUGUACGAUUGAUAUUUCCUAUUUUGUAUUUUUAUUUUUUUUUAAUAAAAAUAGAAAAAUA